UUCAUGCCAUCAUGUCUUCUCGCUGGCGUCUAUGCUGAGAAGAGGAGGGAAGGAAAAAUUGUUUUGUUCUUGCGAAGAAAUACCCUUCUGUUCGCCGCUGUUGUUUGUGUCUUCGUUACCGGAAUUUCUUUAUGGAGACUUCUCCGCAAAGUUUCACAGUAUUGCGUUGCCUCGUCUUGUAUUCUGUCUCAGAGUCGUUGCUUUCACUGUUGUUGUUUGGUUUCUCGUCCAAAGGCGCAAGAACGUCAAUCUUAGGGAGUGCCCGGACCUCUCACCUCAUCAGUACAAAAGCUUCUCACCUCAGCAUUAUAUCGUCUCUACGGUUAUAGAUAGCUUGUCUCCUGCUGGUGCUGCACUGCCUCCAUUUC